CACCCCUCUUGAUCGCCUUUCACUCAUCCUCACCAUCCAUACAUCUCCGCUUUAACUUUGAUCACCCUCAAACUCUGACUGUGACUCACGACUUCUAUCAUACUCUGCCGGGCUUCGCAUCCGGCGCUCUCGUUGGCACUUCGACACCCUGCUUGGCUUCAGCACACCACCACACAGCAUUGUCGUGCAUCCGCACUGCGUGUGACCUUACACCGAGACAGUGGGCCACUUAGCGCCCACCCAUCACAUCCAUAGCACUUCGACGCCCUGUGCGUGUGUAGUUCGGAGCUUCAGAAGGUGGAAAGACAUAACCUUUGUUCGGUCAUUCACGUCUGCACGGCAGCUCGGCUCUCGGCGCGAUGUUCGGCUCUCUCAUGCACCUCGCCUUUGACGCUGCUCUGCUCAGCAUGGUUCUGUCGGGCGUCAGAAGAGGCAGCGGGAUCGGUUUGGACUUGAACGUCUUUCCUGCCGACUUCAGGCACUUUAUCAGGGCCUAUCUAGAGGUCGGUGAAUGGUCGAUGGAUUUCUUGACUGUCGUACUAGGCCGCUCGAACUACUUCACUAGGUCCCUCAAGUAGCUUUUGCCGAGGUGGCACAGAACCGGAUGGACGCGCGAUAAGGACGCGAAUCAAGAAUGCAGUGGUCCGCCAACCCGGCACCCUUUCCUAGGAGAGCAACGUUCUGACUACACUUGUCAAAUCGACGUCAGCAUUUUGAUGGGCGCUCUUUGACGCAUCGAUUCGCUGGUGCCCUCCCUCCAUCGGCUCAAUCGGGCUCGAGGCCUGCACAUACGAUUCUCGCUUCAGGCUCAUCUCUCUUCCACUCCACAAUCGCCCGGCACGAUGACCAAAGACUCCGAAUGUACCAACAGCCCAGUCCCUCUCUUUAACGAUACGUGAACCUCGAUUCUCAGUCAUUCAGUCUCGCAUCAAAGGCACAACUGAGACGUGGGCAGAGCAUACAUGGUCCA